UGGGCUAAAUACGCACCCAGUAUGGUUGAAAUGGGUGAAGUUUUAAUGGAAAGGAAAGCAGAUUAUAGUCAGGUAUGUUUCAGAAAUAAUUGUAUUAAGUUGUAAUGUAAGAUAAACGAAACCCCGGCUUGAAAUCUCAAGGGGCAACCCAGGUAUGCUAGCUGGCUGUGCCUUGUACUUUUGUGGUUUACACUGGUAGCACACGAACAAGUUAGAGGUUGAUGUUGACGUGCUGUUAAAAUAUAUAAGUCAUCGACUUUUAGUUUCCUUCUUGGUUGGUUAAAAUAACGAUAAAAAAGGCUGGUGGGUUUAAGGCGAUCUUUCGAUCUAACAUUGUUUUGAAAUUUGUUUGGCUUCAUAGAGAGCCAAUUCCGAUCCUGUAGCUUUUUAGCGUACAUGAGACAUCGUGCCCUACGGUCCAAUUUUUUUCGGUUAGUUUAAUCCAUCAUCAGAUAUAGGUCUUCCUUGCUGUUACGAUAUUUCAAGCUAAUAAUUUAUACACGAAUACAACCAAGUUCCUGAAAGCUAUAUUAUCGCUCCCGCUCUGUGAGUGUCGUCGAUUUCGCCAACUCGCGCGCUGCUAAUCCACGAUUGUUUACUUUUUGAAGAAUUCGUACUUUGAAAUAUCAUAUAUUUAACUACCAAGACAUGUCAUUUUUAAUGAAAAGAAAUUAUUGGAUGGCUUCUGUGGAAAGAAUCAUCUUGCGACAGUGUGUAAAAGGGUUCUAAUAUUUUUUGUUGACAACGUAAACGGUGCUCUCGAUGUGAUUUAUGUCGUUCUGUCACACUCCUUGCACAGAAUUUGACAGGGCCAAGGGCAUUUUCUUUGUGUUCAAGCUAUUGAACUAUUCUCGCCACCAUUUACCAUCUCUGUAGUCCUAGAAGUAGUACAUGGGGAUAUUAUUGUUAAUAUUAGCGAUAAAAUCCACUCUUCUAUACCUGCAAUUGUGACACGUUUUGUCAUGGUAAUUUGAGCAAGAUGAUCAUUGAAAGAAAUGAGAAUUAUAUUGGAGUGAGUCAAAAGAUCUGAAAUUAGGCGUAAGAGCUGUCUGUGUGAUAAAUAAACAACGUUAUUUUUUUAAGCCUUGAGUAUCAGUUGUUAGUGAAAAAUUCGUUCUUAUUUACAACGAUACAUUGUAGGUACGGACUUUAAAGCACUUAAGUUAAUUUUGUGAAAAUGGUGAAGUCGUCUGUGGUACUUUAAAUUAAGUAAUCUCAUAUUGAAUGAAAGCGUUUGUCGAUAUACAUAAUUAUGAGGACUUCAAAAUAGCAUUCUAAAACCAUUGUUUUGUUUUUGGACUAACUCUAACGGAAACAAGCUUGCAGAAAUCUUCCCGACUAAUUGUAUUUGCAGAAAUUAUGAAUAGUUGUAUGCAUCUUAAGUGGGAAAUAAAUAACGGUCUCUCUUGUGCAUGCAAAGAUGUUAAUUAGAGUUAAAAUGUUUUUUUUUAUGCGCAGCUUGCACUGCUACGUGUAAUUCUUGGUUCACUGAUGUUAAAUUUUUAUUUCAAUCUUAAAACACUUUCGUUUCCUUUCUUUUUGACCUGCUUGGCUAUGUAGCUAUUGCCCUCAUGAUAGUGCCCUGUUACUUAUUUGAGAUGAAAUCCAUUUCGUCCAGUCAUUACUGAUAUCUGUUCAGAGGUGGAAUAUAAAUUCAAUACCUGCUGAAACACCGAGAUCCUUGUUUAAAAUUCCACUCUGCAGACGAAAAGUUUAAGAGUGAAUCUGUAGUAUGAGCAUUGAAUCAGCUAUGCACAGCAGUUCUGGUUUUCAUUAAUGUACAGCAAUGCCCAAUUUUGCACAAAACAUAGUUUAAAUUUAGGAUUAAAACAGUAGAUUACCGACACUGUUACACUGAAGCAUUCAAAAUAGCUCAUGCACAUAAAACGUAACUGCUUCUAAGGUGCAUGUAUUAAAAUUAUGCGAUCUGAUCUAAGUUUUGGAUAAUAUCCAUGAUUUUUUAGGAUAACCAUUUGCGCCUCUAUUCAUGUAGAGAAUGGUUAACAGGUUAAUACACAUACAUUAACUUACCCUUAGUUCUUAGGCAUUUGUUAGUAGCAUAGUAAUAAAUAAAUUAUUUUAACAAUCCUGUAUAAUUUGCCAUUUUUAGGGUUACAAUAAAACCACCCGUGGAAUGGUAAAGGAUCCUCUUAUCUUAAAUCACAAGCCACUUCUUAAUGGAGACUUUGAAUUUCUUGGCCGACAAUACCGCUCUUCCUCAGAGGUUAGUUACCCGUUUUUGUCCCAACAAUAACACUAACAAUCAUGUUACUCAUUUAAAAACAAUUUUUUGGUGUCUGCAAUUAACAUACCAUUUGUAUAGGUAAUAGCAUGAUUUGUAGAGAUAUUUGGAAUAAAUACCACGAGUGAUAUUUCAAAAUUGUUAUACGUAGUUUCACCAGCUGUUAGGCGAGUGAAAUUUGAGACAAUUUUGAAAUAUCAUUAGUGGUAUUUAUGCCAAAUGUCACGCACAAAUCAUGCUAUUAUUUGUUUAUACUACUACCCACAACACGUUUGUAAUUUUCACGUGUAGGUAUUUCAAAUUAAGCUGAAAUACUACUGCUCUUAGCCAAUCAAAUUGCAGAAAUUUCUCAUGUAGUAGUAUAACAGGUGUAAUAGUUUGCUUGGGGUUUAGUUUAGAGAUGCUUUGUAUCACUGUUUUACAAAAACAUUACAUUAUUGUGUAAAUGAUGAGACGUGCAGCUGUUUAAUGCAGAAAACUCUACAGAAGUCAAUAAUAUUAACCCUUUUUCUUAUAGUGCUCUUCAGACUCACAACUGGACACACUGCUGGAAGAAGCUGACAAAAUACAGACAUCAAAAAAUGGUUUUCGAAAGGUAAAGUUAUGCCAAAAGUAGAGCAUGGGGAAACUCUGUUACUGUGACCAUCAAAGGAUCUGAAAUAAGGCCAGGAAUAAAACAUUUAACUACAGCAUCAACUUACCCACUACAUGUGUAUUAAUUUCCAUAUGUUUUCCUUUUUUGUAAAGGGUGCUCCAGUCAAGAAACAAGUCCGCUUUAACAUGGAACGAAACAGGGAACAUUUUUACAGUUAUGCUCAGUCAUCUGAUGACGAGAGCAGCCUCAUGAACAAUAUUAAUUUUGUAGAUUAUAACUUUCAAAGCAGUGAAAGUUAUGAAGAUGAGGAUGAUGAUGACGAUGAUAGUGAUGAAAGUGAUGGUGAUGAUGACAAUUCUAAUGACGGCGAUGAGGAAUCGACUGACAAUAAUGAUCCUGAACUUAGUGAAGAAGACUCUAUUUUAGAAAAUGGCUAUUUAGUUGAUAAAAGUAAUCCUUCUUCUGAGGUUAACAACAACACUACUGUUUCAAAUACAAGCAAAAACCCAGUAACAUUAAAAGGCACCGCAAAUAUAAUAACUGGACUCAAUGGGACUACUGAAGAAAAUAUGACUAAUGGAACACUUGAUCACAAAGACACUCAGAAUGAUAAAUAUGGGGACAAAAGAUUGCCUGACCUCAGAACACAGGUGAGACAUGUUUGAAAUAGCUUUAAUGCAAGAUGUAAAAAUGCAGUUCCACUGCGAGUCUCCCUUUCAGCAUUUUUUGUCUAGUCAUUUAACACUCCUCCCGAGUUUGUUGGGGAGGAGCAUUGCGUGACAUGACAAAAAUGGCUGCAAGAGAGACUAUUUGACUGCUUGAUGCAUCAGACUGUUUCAUGCACAUUUACAACGUACAAGUACAGUAUAAAUAUUUAUCACAUUAAUUUGCCAUUAUCUCAAGAUUAACAGUAAAACUUGUAUUAAGUGACCCCCAUAUUAAGUACACACUCUGUAUGUAAAUGAUAGGAGUGUAAGUUUUACACCAUUCUUCCCAUAUUUUCUGUAAAACAAACCUGUAUAAUUUUAGCAGACACCUUUGUUAUGUGACACUAGUCACUGUUCUGUGGGUGUCGGCUUAAGGGUUAAGUGUCCCACAUCAAUUUUCUCAACACAAUAUCCAUACAUCAUCAAAAUAAAAGGUUAAAAACUGUUAUAAGAUGAUGAUCACCAAAGGGAAAUGUUUUGAAAUUCUCUCAACUAAGUUUUAAAGGAAAUGUAUGGAGAUCAGUUUGGAGAUUUUGUAUGUGGAUAGUGGGACUUAACAGGGAUGAAACAGGUUUCAACAUAUUCAACAUAGCCUGUGUACAGACACACCCUUCCCUCGCUAAAAAAAGGCAUUGUCUGUACACAGACUAGUUUCAACGUACUUCAGUUGAAAGUAAGUUCAUGGUUAUGAACAUUUUGGUCCUGGGCUGAGCCUCACACAUUUUUAUUUGCCUGUCAUUGUAGAGGCAUUUUCAGUGCCAGAUCCAAACCUUGAGAUAAAAGGUCCCAAAAAGAUUUUUAUCAGCCCUUUGGGCCUCAGUUUGGCUGGAUCCAGCACUAAUUUUAUACCGUUUUGAGUGACUUUAACACAACUUAGACUUAAUGUCGUCAUUUUAGUUUACACAUCAUUUGUUCAUUUCAAAACAAUGCAGAUUCUUGAGAUGGAGUCAUCUCUCAGAGAAAGGCGGGAUUCUUUUGAGCAGGAUAUGAGCAGCAUGACCUUAAAACUUGAGAAAGCCAGACAGGAAACUAACCAAGAGGUACUGAACUUAAGGAAACUUAAAGUUGUGUUGUAAAAAAACGUGCCUUUAGAGGGAGGUUCAUUUAUCCAAGUUGACAGUAGAGUGUACUGACACGCAGCUGUAGUAAUUUACACAGAUGUGUUUUCCCCAUUUGCAUAAAGAGCUCCUAAGCUACAAGCCUCCUGUGACAUGGACAUGUAGGUUUUUUCCCCACCUGAGACAACAAAGCUUGCAGUAAACCUUCAUUUUCAGUAACCAAGUGGAAAGAGUAAACAGUUUCUACAGAAACUCUGAUUACGUAGUACCACAAUAUUAUUCACUUUGAAAAAAGGCCCACCUUUUAUCAGCUUCUGGCGUAUAAAUUAUCAGGAUUUGUUUUGCUUUUAUUACAGAUGAAUAAGCUACAACUAGAGUUAGAGCAAAGAAGACGGCAGUAUAUUACCGAAAUGGCAGAUAUUGAUAGACGGAGAGAAGAACAAAAGUAAGAGCAAUGUUAGCCUACCUAGCAGGCGCUGGUUUGUUUUUUAGCGCUAGGGAAGUAAUCUCAAGGACGCGCGAGGGGAGAAAAGAAGAGGAGUCCUCCCCUUCGCGUGGCCUUUAAAAAAAUAAUAACCGGCACCAGCGCAAUGUAUACUAGACAUGACCGCAUGCAACAAAGAGUUAAUUAUCAAUACACUGACCUUUUUCUUGGUCGAACAAUCUUGGGAACCAGUUCUAAUUGUCUGUGUGGACACCCUCAGAACCUCCUUGAAGAAAGUAUAACACUUUUUAUUCCUGAAACACCUGUAACCGCCUGUGUGGUACCACGAUCCUUGUACCACUUGUGACGUCAUUGUAAUCAGUUUUAAUGCACAGAAAUGUCUUUGAUGCGUAAGUUGUAGAGGAUGAAGAAAUCGUGUUAAGCAUGCCGCAAUUUCCGUAAACAGACCAGAGACAAAGGCCAAACCAUUUCAAAUUGAAGGUACCCACGGGUACUUAACAAAUUUUUUCAGCGUUUUUCGCUAUGCGUUUCCAGCGGCAGUGGAGUCAAAACAACUCUGUCCGAAGGAAAGGAAAGGAGGAAGAGACGUUUUUUCUCUAAAUGGUCACCAGGAAAUUACUUUGAUUUUAUGUAAAAUUCGGUUAAAUUUGCCAAUAUUUGUACUGUGGGAAAUAAAUCGACAAUUUGUUUUUUGCUAUUGUUUCAAGAAAACUGAUUAAUUGUUUUUUUAGGAAACAAUUUGAAGAAGAGCUUGAGGAAUUUAGGAAUGAAAAGAAGCUUGAGGAGAGAAGACAAAGAUAUUAUGAACACGAGGUACAGAAAUGUUGCGAAGUAGUUCAACAACUAGAGAUGCAUUAAAUUAGUUCAGCCGUGGUAAUUAUUUCUUGUUGUAAGGGCGACACCAUCUUUUCAGGGUGCUUUUAAAUUACACUGAUUGGACUUUUAAGUGAAGUCGUUUUGAAUAUUUUAGCUUUGUUUGUAAAGUUCAUUUUAAGAUAACUAUUUCAUAUUCUUUAUGCAGGCGUCAAUAACCCAAAUGGAAAAAGAACUCAAUCAAAGAACACAAGAAGUUCGGGAACGAGAUAAAGAGGUAAAAAAGGUUUGAUUCGUUUCGCUGAAAAAGAUUGCACAGUUUACGGUUUUUCAAGAAAUAUUUCGCAAUCCAACUAAUGAAUUUGUCAGAAGCGAAAGAAAGUGCUGAAGACAUUGUGCGCGGCAAAGCGCGCGAGAUGAGUUGGAGGAAGCUAGAACCGUUUUCGUUAUGUUAGUAACAAUAGUUUAAAAAGGUGACAAGGAAACCGUAAGUUCUGAUCCAAUUAUGAUGGUUAGGUAUUCCCUGAGUACUAGGUUUUUCCGGUUGCGUUGAACGGAGCUUUUUAUCAAGGGUAGGUUUUCUGCUAUAUUUGCUUAACUGCCAGUUGUAACUGCCAUUUCUAAUGGGCUUGUUUUAUCACGUUUCAGAUUCGUGAAUACGAAGAAUACUUGAACAGGCGCCACAACGUGUGUAAUAGUAAAGAAGAGGAUUUAAAUAUUUUACAAAACGUAAGUUGUCUAUUCUCCUGAUACUCUUCUUCCACAAACAUAUAAGGAUGAGCAAAAAGACGUCGGGCGUCUCACGGAUGCAAUCUUGUUCGUCGGUCUUUAAAGGAGCUGUUCCUUAACCUUGUAAGAUUUAAGGCGCUGAAAAAGAAACACUUCUUCCAAACAGUUCUCGUGUAAAAUGGUAGCAUCAUAGGAUUACAUCCACAGACUGGAAAUUUAGAACUGCAGAACGUUUUCAUUAUUCACUCACUCGUAAGAUCUCGUAAAUUGGGUUUUGUGUUCAAAACUCGCAAAACUCUUCUACGUAAUGUAACGUAAUGAGGCAAGGUAAUGUUAUUUUUUCCAUUAUAGGAACUGGACGUUUUAGCUAAGGAACUGGAGACGAAAAAAUCAAAGCUUCUAAAUAAACACCAACUGAUACGUGAUAGUUCUGAGGAGGACAUGGUGGUCUCCACCCCUCCCCUGAGAUCAAGGUAUGUAUACUCACCACCAACCCCUCCCCCGAAAACAAGGUAUGAGAGAGCUAUCAAAUUUGUAUGGAACAUAAAUAAGUAAAUAAAUAAAUAUUUUGUCAAUUAAAUAUCAUGAUUUUCUUCGUUACUUGAAAUGAGUGAUAAACAGUGCGGAGGAAACACAAUUCGAUAAUAUAGCGUUUUUAUCACGUGAGCAAGGGCUAUGCAAAUUUAUUGGAACAAAAGAAAGUUUUUACAUAAGAAGAGAGUUUAACUCGCACAGGAUGUUUUGGAAUACCAACCAACAUGGCCGCUGUUUUAUUCUUUUGGGAAACCAAUAUAAUCGCGUUCGUCAGAGCGCAUCCUAAUCUGGUGUUCCUGUGGCACAAAGGCAGAAAUUUUCGAGCUAUCGCGGGCGACUGCAAAUUAGCCGCCUCUAUUAAUUUUAUAAGGGGCAUCUCGGCCGGGAAACUAGAAUCCUUUUGACUCGAUUUCGUUUUCGUAAGUGACGAACGCGGAUCCGUAAUCAACGAUUACCUCUAGUGAUAAUAACAAUAUCGGUGAAGUGACGUCAUGUGAAAACGCUCUUUAUGGGUGACAGAGUUACACCUAAUUACAAUCACGUUGCCUUAGGCUACGUCCAGACGAAUGCGGAUACCGUAAAAUUCCGAAAAUAAGCCCCUUCAUGUGUAAGCCCCUCCAAAUAGAAGCCCCCCAAACCGGUAACACAAAAAACCCUCCGUUAAAUCCCCCCUCCAAAUAUAAGCCCCCCGGGGGCUUGUACAUGGAAAAUUGCCCUCAAAUACAAAGUAAAACAAAGCAAAAACAGUAAAUUUCCUUUCAACUAUAAGGCCAGCCCAAUCGAUUUCAAAACGCAAAUUUCCCUCUGUAGAUAAGCCCCUCCAAAAAUAAGCCUCUCAAAAAGGGCCUUUGAAAAAUAUAAGCCCCGGGGCUUAUUUUCGGAAUUUUACGGUAUUUUUGAAACCGCAUAAUUUUUCACACGAAUCGGCCCAGUCUGUCCACACGAAACCAGUGAAUCCAGGCACUCUCUCCAGACCGGUUUAAGGCCCCAUCCUCAUGAAUCCAGAUAAAAAGUAUGCGGUUUCAAAAAUGUCCGGAUUCGUGUGGUGGAUAUGGCCUUAGAAAAAGGAACAAUGGAAAAAGCCAAAUAGGAAUUAUUUAGGCUAAUUAAGCCCCAUUGUUAGGGUGGAUUCAUUUGCAGCCGUUGCAUUUCCCCGCUGGAAUUUUCUUUUACUGUUUUUGAGCUUUAAAACGAUAGCAAAUUCCAACAGACAAAUAUGACAUCCAUGUGCGGAUGCUGCAAAUGAAUUCAUUAGGCUUAUAAGCCUAAUAAAUUAAUUCCUAUUUGCCUUUUUCCUUUUUUCAUUUUUCUAUGAUAACGUUUUUGCAAUUGGGAGUAAGUUUAUUAGAAUGAUUCUUUUUUAACAUUUCCGCAGGAGCGCCAGUCGAGCAAGUGUUGCCAGUAAAGGAGUUGAUAUUAGAAUAGAGGAAGUGAAGUCACAGAAUCGCCAACUUCUGGAAGAACUUUUUACUUUAAAGAAAGCAUGUGAAAAUAAAGAUGAAGAGCUCACAGAGCUUAGAGAGAAGGUAUUUGACUUGUAGAGAUUACUCUCGAGGUUCUCAAUGACCAUAAUCAGGUUUUGUAGAAACCUGAUAAUCGUGUACCGUUUGCUUCUUCUGAAAGGGCUCAAUCAUUCGGGUGUUCAUGGCAGUGUUCAGAUGCUGAGACUCGUGGUUGCAGUUUACUUGCAAUAUGAUUUGUGUGGCCACUAAACACCGAAUAAGCUUGUCACAACUCGUUUAAAAGACUGAAUGUUAAUUUACGUGUUGGUUUUGCGGAUAAAUCAAAAACUUCAAUCAAAGCAAGGGAAAUAACCAGUAAAAUUCUACCCACAUGUAAGCUGACACCGGUUUGAGUCGAACCCAGGCCACGUUAGUAGGGUGCGAGUCAUGGCCUUGCUAUCUGAAAUCAAACUCUGAGUAAACGCUACCUUGUUGAUAUAGAGAGUUUCUUCGCAAAGUUCGCAUAACAAGGUUUUUUCCUCUGUGAUUACACAGUGUCAUCUUGGAUUAACAUAGUGUUAUUUUUUUCUCUUUCUCAGCUUGGUGUCUCUGAAAACGAGAGCAAGCGGCUUCAACAGCGAGCAAAACACUUGGAAACACAGUUGGAACUUGCCCGAAAGACGGCAGAGAUAGGUGCGGAUAGUGUUUCAGUUGACGAGAUAAUGCGGAAAACCACACAAGACAUGCGCAAUGCACGGCCAUGCCGAAUUAUGCGACCGUCCCGUGCGGUAGCACCGUGCCCAUCAGUAUCCUCAGGUGUCAGGGUUCCACGGGGAAAUUCAAGCGAUUCUUUAGGGACUAAAAACACAACAAGUUCAGACUCUGGGAAAGGAACCAAGGAGAAUGGAAUGAAAGCUUCUAAAGGGUCUUCGGGUAAGAGGGCUCAGAGAGAAGGGACCGAAGGAAGGCAUAAGCUAGGAACUGAGAAAAUCACCAGCUCUCUUUGUACCAUCAUGUAGCCUUGUGUUGGCCCGCAAGUAAGUUCUCUCAGUUGGGGAUUUGGGUUGGGCCAGGAGAGGGUGCAGUGAUGCUCCCUUGUCCCUCCCAUUCGUUGAGAGCUUUCUUGCAGGCUGGCUAACCUUUUGUAAUCGACUCAUGUCGCAAGAACACCAGAUUACGUUAGUGAAUAUAGGGAGCUUAACCAAGACGACUCUUGAGCGACGCAUGUCAACCGGAAGUGCAAGUUUUGCAUUCUUAGACAUUGUUUUUGCCCAAAUUUGCGGGUAAAUAGUCUUUAUAAGAGUAAAGAAGCUUAGCAAUUCAAAUUUGGUAGCGUCAAGGCAUAUUAAAAGGGAAAAGACCUCAUUUCAGCUUGACAAGCCUCACUCAAAAACGUCUUUGCUUAAGCUCCGUAAUAAGUAUUAUAUUAUGACUCGUUUCAGAGAGAUUUGAUGAUAUUUAUCUUUCUCCGCGAUUUCUUGAACAAAAUAUAGUACUUACAUACCGCAGGCACAUUCCAAAGAAUUGAUUCAUUUUUACAAGUCCGGACGAGAAACAGAAAAUCAUCAACAAAUAUUUAUUGUAAAGUUUUAUUGAUCUGUUUGCCAAAUUCACGCGUCCGUCUUCUAUUCUUCUAGAUCUCGCAAUCCAUCUUUGUGUUUACAUACAAUCUUUGUUGACCAAUAGAACGUACAAUAAGAAACCAUUAACUCUUUGUGAGGACUUAAAAGAAGACACAAAGAACAACAACGUUGACUGGAAGAGCACAAAAAGUUGAAUAUUAUUAAUAACAGAUCAUGUUGGUCAUAUUAUAUUUAAAUGGCAAACUGUAUAUUUUUGUUAUAAAUAUUUUCGUACCUUCUCAAUCAUGUUUGUAAAUAUCUUUUUUAAUGGUUAUUUAUUUAGAAUUCGCUUUUUAUAAUUCAAGCU